AUGGCAUCUAGUAGUACAACUGAUUCAGAUGUUGCUGAAACCUUUACAAAUUCUGAAUCAGACGAUGAAUUAGGCACUGAUUCUGCUUGCGAUUUUGAUAAUGAAUCCGAUAAUGAAGAUGGCGAACAGGAUGCACAGGAACCUUUCGAAGAGCGAAGAUGGAGAGUGAAGUGGUUUGAGCCGAAAACAUUCACAUUUGACUCAAGUGCCUCUGGUCUCAAUUCAUAUUUACCAAAAGAUAAUGAAAAUAGACCACUGGAUUAUUUUCUUUUGAUAUUUGACCGCGGUCUGAUGUAA